UUGGCUUCACAGUGAAAGUGACGGGCGCUGGGGAGAGAGCGAGGAGCGGCGCCUGGCUCUGCUCGCCCUUCUGCGCUACUGUCCCCUCCCCGCCUGCCCGCUAUGUCGGACAAGCUGGGUCCCGAGAGCCGCUCCGGAGACGCAGGCGAUGAGAAACAGGACACGCAGGAGAAGGAAGCUGUCGUCCCCGAGAGGGCAGAAGAAGCAAAGCUAAAGGCCAAAUAUCCCAACUUAGGACAGAAGCCUGGAGGGUCGGACUUCCUCAUGAAGAGGCUACAGAAAGGGCAAAAGUACUUUGACUCUGGCGAUUACAACAUGGCUAAGGCAAAGAUGAAGAACAAGCAGUUGCCAAGCGCGGGGCCAGACAAGAACCUGGUGACAGGAGACCAUAUCCCAACGCCUCAGGAUCUCCCACAGAGAAAGUCCUCACUUGUAACCAGCAAGCUAGCAGGGCCUGAAAAAAACUGUUGAGGCCAUGGCUGCAGCCUGUGGAAUGCAAGAUCCCAGCCAAUAAUGCAUGUACAGUAUGUCUCCACGCGACACAGGAAAAGCAGCGUUUCACCUGGGACUCUGAAUCAAAGUGCGCUUGUAAUCUCAGCCAAGGAUAUUUGUCACAGAGGCAAUACUGUGUUGGUUUAGAAGGCAUGUAGCUGGAACCAGUGACUCUAAAGUCUCAAGGGUCAGCUUGCUGGAUCAAGAGUGAGCCUAAAUCUCUGGGUUAACUUGGAAACUGUGUGUAGGGGAAUCUUGUGCAUCUCUAUUCUGUUGGACAGGGGCGGCCAACCUGCAGCAUGCGGCAGAUCGGGGAGGGGCAGGGAGCAGGAAGCAGAGCAGCAGAUCAGGCAAGGAAGGGGACCGGAGUGGCACUUGGAGAGGCUGUGGGGCUCAAUUUGCGGCAUGCCUGCCAAAAAGGCUGGCCCCCACUGCUAUGGGAUAUCUCACUACAGAGGAAAACCCAGUGAACAGUGACAAUAUCUGCAGCUCUGUAUCUGGCAAAGACUGUAGGUUUCCUGCUCUGAGUUUAGGACUGAGAAUUGCCGAGUGAUCCGUUCAGAGAUCAGCGUAAAUUGAUGAUACUUUGCUGCUGCUAAGCCGUCAGUGGGAAGAAAAACAUGAUAUUGCUUCUGCUUUAGGCAGGGUGUUCCCAAGAGCAGUGACUUAACCCCAGUAACCAAGCUGGACAUAUCUCGCCGAUUAUACAACCACGUUUCUGAGGCUGUAGAGAACCACUUUCUUGUCACGGUGACUGGAGCCUCAUCUUGGGUGACAAGGAGAUGGCGGGACCCCCUCCAUCUCGUGAGCGUGCAAUUUCAUGCUUUUAGUCUCAGUCUCAUGCUUUCUAUCCAGGUUCUGAAGCAGUCUGGGAACAGUGGGGUGGGGGCACGCUAAUGGUGUCUUGUAUAAUCUCCUCAAAUGUUCUGCUGUUUGUCCCAGCUGCAUUGUAAAUAGAUAUGAAUCAUAUAUAUAUAUAUCUAUAUAUAAAAAAUAUAUAUAAUUUUUUACAUCUUCUUCAUCUCUCUGAUCUUCUAGUGUUUUAGGCUUUGUUUUAUGCAGUGGGGAGGGGAAAAAAGGAAAACCUUACACUACUGCAUUGCUGACUGCCUGUCAGCUGCUCCGAUAAGCCUUCACACUGCUGAUUGUGGGCGAAUAUGAUAAACAAGGGGAACAGGGGAUGAAUGUGCAUUGACCUGCUUUCCCUACCACCCUUGCUCAGGAUUCAGGAAAUACCAAGUGCAUUUAUACAGACAAGAGGAAACAGUGAUCUUUCCAAUACUGGGUGAAAAACAGCAAGAACAGUUACUUUACCAAGAAAUAAAGGAAACUUGUCUCAAA